AUGCAUACUGGUGUUCUUUUCAUAGGAUGCCUAUGUUUCGUCUGCUUUGUUGUGCAGCUACUACCGGUCAUAUCGGUCCCUAUAACAGGUGCAGCGAUUAACUACAAUCUUCACUUAUCGCUGUACAACAACAUUACUUACGGUGUUUUUGGCAUUUGUGAUCAUGUGAGGCUUAAGUGCUCUCAUGUUGCUAUUGGAUACCCCACUAAAAGCUACGGAUAUGCUUUUCAAGAUCAGGGCGAGGAGUAUCAAGAAAACUUCUUUUCAUCCGUUUCCCUACCGUCUGGUGCCACUCAUCUGAUAUCCAAGCUCUUGGUUGUCCACGUUGUUGCAUUCAUUUUAACUGGUUUAUUGACUCUUGAAUGUUUUUUUGUGGUUAUCCUCACACACGUCGAUAAACAGUACCCUGGCUCCCCAGUCUGGAUUAUCUUUCAACGAGCUCAGAGAAAGAAAAUUAAGGCAGAGAGGGCAGAGCAAGAAUCUACUGACGAUAAUCAAAAAAGAAUUAGAAAGAGCUUGCUUCGGCACUUCUCAUCGAUGCUCUUCAUCAGCUCGCUUUCCUUUCUUCUGACCCUCCUAGCGUUCCUCGCUGACCUAAUCCUAUUUAUACCGAGGAUGAGUAUCUUGGGCUGGAUCCAAGUUAUACCGAUUGCAUUAUUAGCGUUAAGUGCGUCCCUUUUAUGCUUUAUCAAGCGGUCAGUUUCCUCUCGAAGACAUUUGGAUGAGGAGUAUAGAGGCAAGAACGAUGAUAUGCGAAAUAACGGGACAAUGCCCCGUUGGGUUGAUGACUCAGCAUCCGAUGACGGCUUCUACGUCUUCACAAACGGUUUUUACAGCUCAGGCCCUGGACAACAACCUAUUCAGGAAAUAGGUCAGCGCAGAUCCAGUUCUCUUCACGAAAGCCCUACACAUCAGACAAUUGGCCAACUCAAUACCAACCACUCUAUAGACUCUCACGACAUCGUCGAGCUGAUAGAGCUACGGCGCAUGGAUACUUAG